AUGACGCUAGGCGUUGGGAGGCUUGCCAGGACGCCAUGGGACGCGUCCAAGGGAUCAUGGGCAUGGCUGAAAAGCCGCCCUGGCAUUACACAUGGUCUCGAGAAAGCAAUCGAAAAGGUUCCCCAAGUGUACAGUUUCUGCAAAUGGGGUGCUCUAGUUCUUGCCAUUGUUGCUUCUUUCAGCAGCUUAAUAAGAAAAAACAAGCUUUUAUUCAUUUACGUUCGUAAAAUAAAGCCUUCUGCUGAGCCUCUUCUUCAGUAUCUAAGCGAAGACUUCGACUUCUCAGAUGAUGACGACGACGAUGAAUGCUCAUCGGUUUCAUCAAACGAUGAAGAGUUAACACCAGUUGAUGAAGAUUUUUCAGUUGCAGGUUCGAGUUUCUACUUCAAAGAGCAAGGCCAAAAAAGUAAUUUAAGAAUCAGACGGCGACGGAGCAGCCAUGAACGGUUUCCCUUUAAGGAAUUUGCUGCCGGUAAAAGCGUCGUAAAGUUGUGGGAUAGUUUAACGUUAGGUUUAGACUUUAAUGACUCUUUUAAUAUAAGCGAUUUUACGGUUCUGUCGUCAGAAGUGAGAGAUGAAAAAAACGGCGUCGUUUUAGCUGCUUAUGACACGAGAAUGAAGCGUCAGUCGCCGGCGAUAUGUGCCGAGUGGGGUACUGGAAAGGUGUUGGGAAUCAGUGGCAGUGGCGUUGAGAAAGUUUACGUUAGAGAUGAAGUUGCCGGAGUUUUAACGGUUGGUGACAUGAGGAACGUGAAAACGGCGGUGCAAACGGUGACGAAACUCGAGGGCGCCGUUAACGUUGACGAAUAG